AUAACACAAGAUCAUUUAUCAAUGUUUUCGUGGUAAGAUGUUGAAGAUGUUGUAGGCAAUCUAAAGUAUUUAUUUAGAGUCAAGAAUAAAACCUGACCCGGUGAAAGGUCAGGUCACACACAAGAAGCACGUUUUCUUCACAACAUGGCUCUCCGGAGGUCAGAGAGAGUUCGCAGUAUUGUAAGAAAGGAUGACUUCGAGUACGGCUACAACUGGCAGAUCCCCACUUCUCGUGUUGAGAGUAAAAAGCCUCGGGAAAAUUCUGAUCAGUGGCCUAUUCAAGAGGUCGUCGCCUGGAUCGAUGAAAACCACGUUGAGGUCAAGUGGGCCCGAACAACUAGGUCAUGGCCCAAUAGCAUUGUAGACCUGAGAUACAAUGCAGCAUUGGCGCAGCAAUUGCAGAGAAACUGCUGUAAUCCCAGCAUGAAAGCAUUCAAGGACAGACAGACAUUCUUGCACCCAGACAAGGAGCUGCGUGUCCUUCGGCAGCAAAUAUUUGACAAUUUGGGCUACCGAUACACGCCAUCAAGGAACCAGGGCCAUGAAAGAAGGAUAACCGUAGUGGUCCCGCUGUCCAAGCAAAACUUCAGGGGCUUUUUCCUCCAGAAGCUGUCACUUCCUGUGUGUCAGGACCUGCUGGAGGAAAAGCCCCUGGAAAAUUGCUUUGGAGGGCGGGCCAUUCAUGUGCCUGCAAGCGAAAUGGCAGAGCUGGACAGAAUCCUCGGUGAGCACUGGGACGUCAGAACUUUCCCCACCAACACCGUCUGCCGGGUUGUGAGGGAGGAGGGGAUCCACCUGUCGUGGGGAUAUAAGAGAAGGGAGGCAUUCUCCCAUGCAGACUGCCCAAGAUGCAACUGGGCCCAAGAGUCUGGCAGUCCACGGCCUGAGAUCUGCUCUCCAACAGUAAACUUCCUGAUUGGAGAGCCAGAACUUCAUUUCACCUUCACAAGGAGAAGGGGACACUGGAAGGCAGGGAUGAUAUAAGCCAGCAAAGUAUGUUGUCGCGAGUCACUUAUUACAUGUCAGGUCUUACUGCUAAUGCUACAGCCAAACAGGAAUACACUUUAAGUAAUUUAAGUUGAAUGUUCGUGCAGGAGAAGAAGCCUUUAAGGCUUAUACAAGCCGUUCUCCUUUGAAUAUAACAAAUAAUAAUCACAAUUCCACUAUACAGUAAUUGAACUGACAACAAGCAAGGCAAAUGACAAGCAAAUGGGAUAAAUAAAUUACAGAUAAGUAAC